CCGCCAAGUGCGCCUGCGCAUAAGAGUAGCGGCGUUGAGUCAGGCCGGCGGUGGAGGAAACUGCGGUAGAGACCCUCAAGUCUCGCCAUGAAGACCCGCUUUAGCACCGUUGACCUCCGCGCGAUACUCGCGGAGCUGAAUGCCCGCUUGCUAGGAAUGAGAGUAAACAAUGUUUACGAUGUGGAUAAUAAGACGUAUCUUAUUCGUCUUCAAAAACCAGACUUUAAAGCUACACUUUUACUUGAAUCUGGCAUACGAAUUCACACGACAGAAUUUGAAUGGCCUAAGAAUAUGAUGCCGUCUAGUUUUGCCAUGAAGUGCCGAAAACAUUUGAAGAGUCGGAGAUUAGUCAGUGCCAAACAGCUUGGUGUGGAUAGAAUUGUAGAUUUUCAAUUUGGAAGUGAUGAAGCUGCUUAUCACUUAAUCAUUGAGCUCUAUGACAGGGGGAACAUUGUUCUUACAGAUUAUGAGUACCUAAUUUUAAAUAUCCUAAGAUUUCGAACUGAUGAGUCAGAUGAUGUUAAAUUUGCUGUUCGUGAACACUAUCCAGUUGAUCAUGCUAGAGCUGCUGAACCUUUGCUUACCUUGGAAAGAUUGACCGAAAUAAUAGCCAGUGCACCUAAGGGUGAACUACUGAAGAGAGUUCUUAACCCAUUACUUCCCUGUGGGCCAGCUCUCAUUGAACACUGUCUUAUAGAAAAUGGAUUCUCUGGCAAUGUCAAAGUGGAUGAAAAAUUUGAAAGUAAAGAUAUUGAAAAAGUACUUGUUUGUCUUCAGAAAGCAGAAGAGUAUAUGAAAACAACAUCCAACUUCAGUGGAAAGGGGUAUAUCAUUCAGAAAAGAGAAAUAAAACCAAGCCUGGAAGUAGAUAAACCUACCGAAGACAUACUCACGUAUGAGGAAUUUCAUCCUUUCUUGUUUUCUCAACAUUCACAAUGUCCAUAUAUAGAAUUUGAAUCAUUUGACAAGGCCGUAGAUGAAUUUUAUUCCAAGAUAGAAGGUCAGAAAAUAGAUUUAAAAGCUUUGCAACAGGAAAAACAAGCAUUGAAGAAAUUAGAUAAUGUCCGAAAGGAUCAUGAAAACAGAUUAGAAGCUCUUCAGCAGGCUCAGGAAAUAGACAAACUUAAAGGAGAGCUUAUAGAAAUGAACCUACAAAUAGUUGACAGAGCCAUUCAGGUUGUUCGAAGUGCUUUAGCCAACCAGAUAGACUGGACAGAAAUUGGGUUAAUUGUGAAAGAAGCCCAAGCUCAAGGAGACCCUGUUGCAAAUGCAAUCAAAGAAUUAAAACUACAAACAAAUCAUGUUACAAUGCUGCUAAGAAAUCCAUACUUGUUAUCAGAGGAGGAAGAUGAUGAUGUUGAUGGUGACAUCAGUACUGAGAAAAAUGAAACCGAGCCACCAAAAGGAAAAAAGAAAAAGCAAAAGAAUAAGCAACUGCAAAAGCCUCAGAAAAAUAGGCCAUUGCUUGUUGAUGUUGAUCUCAGCUUGUCAGCAUAUGCCAAUGCCAAAAAGUAUUAUGAUCACAAGAGAUAUGCUGCUAAGAAAACACAGAAGACUGUUGAAGCUGCUGAGAAGGCAUUCAAAUCAGCAGAAAAGAAAACAAAGCAAACCUUAAAAGAAGUCCAGACAGUUACCUCUAUUCAAAAAGCAAGAAAAGUAUAUUGGUUUGAGAAAUUCCUCUGGUUCAUUACCUCAGAGAACUAUCUAAUUAUUGGUGGACGAGAUCAGCAACAGAAUGAAAUAAUUGUGAAAAGAUACUUGACACCAGGGGACAUUUAUGUACAUGCUGACCUUCAUGGAGCAACUAGCUGUGUAAUUAAGAAUCCAACAGGAGAACCAAUUCCCCCUCGGACCUUGACUGAAGCUGGCACGAUGGCACUUUGCUACAGUGCUGCUUGGGAUGCACGAGUUAUCACUAGUGCUUGGUGGGUGUACCAUCAUCAGGUGUCUAAAACAGCACCAACUGGAGAAUAUUUGACAACAGGAAGCUUCAUGAUAAGAGGAAAAAAGAAUUUCCUUCCUCCCUCACAUCUAAUGAUGGGGUUUAGCUUCCUCUUUAAGGUAGAUGAGUCUUGUAUUUGGAGACAUCGGGGUGAACGAAAAGUCAGAGUGCAGGAUGAAGACAUGGAGACACUGGCGAUUUGCACAAGUGAACUCAUAUCAGAAGAAAUGGAACAACUAGAUGGAGGUGACAGUAGCAGUGAAGAAGAUAAAGAGGAAUUAGAUGAAAAUCCUGUGGAAGUGGAACUUGUGACUCAGGUUGACCAAGGGGAUAUUACUAUUCAGAGUGGUGGUGAUGAGCUAAAUGAACUAAUUCAGGAAGAAAGCUCUGAAGAUGAAGGAGAAUCUGAGGAGGUGGUAAAGCAUCAGGAACCUGUUGGUGAAAUGAAGGAUGAAGGGGAAGAGACAUUACAUUAUCCUGAUACUUCCAUUGACUUGUCCCACCUUCAAUCCCAAAGGUCUCUCCAGAAAUUGGCUUCCAAAGAGGAAUCUUCUAAUAUGAGCGACAGUAAAUUGCAGAGCCGGAGGCAUUUGUCAGCCAAGGAAAGAAGGGAAAUGAAGAAAAAAAAGCUUCCAAGUGACUCAGGGGAUUUAGAAAUGAUAGAAGGAAAGGACAAAGAAAAAGAAAAUGCUCUACACAUUGAAACUCAUCAGAACACCAGCAAAAAUGUCCCGGCUGUGCAGCCAAUGAAACGAGGACAAAAGAGUAAAAUGAAAAAAAUGAAGGAAAAGUACAAGGACCAAGAUGAAGAAGAACGUGAGCUCAUCAUGAAAUUGCUAGGGUCUGCAGGUUCAAACAAAGAAGAAAAAGGGAGGAAGGGGAAGAAAGGUAAAAUAAAGGAUGAACCAGUGAAGAAACAGCCCCAGAAACCUAAAGGUGGACCAAGAGUUUCAGACAGCAUAAAGAAAGAAACUCCAUCCCUUGAAGUUACAACUCAUGAGUUACAAGAAUUGGCUGUAGAUGAUCCACAUGAUGACAAGGAAGAGCAAGAUCUGGACCAACAGGGAAAUGAGGAAAAUCUGUUUGACUCUUUGACGGGGCAGCCACAUCCUGAAGAUGUACUCCUGUUUGCCAUUCCAAUAUGUGCCCCAUACAACACCAUGACAAACUAUAAAUACAAAGUGAAACUUACUCCUGGAGUUCAGAAAAAGGGAAAAGCUGCAAAAACAGCCUUGAAUAGUUUCAUGCAUUCCAAGGAAGCAACAGCAAGAGAAAAAGACUUAUUCCGCAGUGUAAAGGACACGGAUUUAUCAAGAAACAUUCCUGGCAAAGUGAAAGUGUCUGCACCCAAUCUUCUGAAUGUAAAAAGAAAAUAGCUGAAAUGAAAUCCUAAAAUAUUUGAGAAGAGUCAAUUUUAUAGCCUUUUGGAAGUUCAGAGAUGAAAACAUCAUGUAACAAGACUUCCGCAUUUAAAAAUAAACUAAACGUUGCCUUGUAUUCGCCAAAAGGAUUUAUUUUUUUUUUUGCAGUUUUAUAGAGAGGAAACAGUGUCUAUGAUAGGAUUUCCUAAAAUACCUGUGGACAGCUAAAUGCUAAUUGUAUACAUCUGUAGUUAUCCUCCUACAUUUUCUUGAAAUUUGGGAGGUUAAUAUUAAGUAUUCAUUUCAUGCUGUAAAGAAA